AUGGGAGUAGACCUCGCGAAUAUUCCCGUGGACCAUGACUACGAGCUUCCCUCCGCUGCUGCGGGAAUAGCUCCUGAGAAAGCUUCUGCCAUAUUAUCUCAGUUCGAACGAAAACGACGAGCAGCUGCUAUUGCUGUACCUACAGACGAUGGACGAGUAAAGGCUCGGUUGCGGGAGUUGGGCCAUCCAAUUACCCUAUUCGGCGAAGACUCUACGGACCGACGUGACAGAUUGAGAGAAGUAUUAGCGGACUUGGAGGAACAACAAGCUGCGGCUGGUGAGGCUGGUGCAGAAGAUGUCGGCAUGGGAGGGAUGGAAGCAGAGGAGGAAGACCAAGAGCAAGAGGAAGAAUUCUACACUGAAGGCUCACAGGACUUGCUCCAGGCACGGAGAGAGAUGGCAAGAUAUUCAAUACCCAGAGCAAAGGCAAGGGUAGAACGGCAAAAGGCCGAAUCCACCAUACCUCUUCGAACACACGUUAAGCAUAGAAAAGCAAUAAGGGAGAAACUCGGCCAUUUUGAGCUUUAUGGCUCUCAGAUUGCUGGAGACCGGCCCGUGAGCAUCACCAGGUUUUCCCCAAAUGGAGAAAUAGUGGCUGCAGGAAAUUGGAGCGGAGGUGUCAAGCUGCUUACAGUGCCGAAUUUGGAAGAAAAAGCGAAUCUACGAGGACAUACAGAUCGAAUUGGUGGCAUAUCAUGGUUCCCCGGGGCUACACUGCCCGAAUCGAAUGUCUCCGAAUCGUCUUUGAAUCUUGCUACAGGAGGCGCGGAAGGGAAUAUCAGGCUUUGGUCCCUUGAUAAAGAUACUUCUAUUGGAACUCUUUCUGGACACUCUGACCGAGUAUGUCGCGUGGAAUUUCACCCAUCAGGGAAAUACCUUGCCUCUGCAUCUUUUGACACCACUUGGCGAUUAUGGGAUGUACAAACGAACCAGGAACUUCUCCUACAAGAAGGUCACUCUCGUGGAGUCUACGCACUAGGAUUCAACACUGAUGGCUCACUUCUGGCUAGCGGUGGCCUUGACAGUAUUGGACGUAUCUGGGACUUACGCACUGGUCGAACAGUUAUGAUAUUAGAGGGCCAUAUCCGCGAGAUAUAUGCAUUGGAUUGGGGAAUAGACGGACACCGUAUUCUGUCUGGAUCAGGAGAUGGCUGGGUCAAGUGUUGGGAUCUCCGGCAAGUUCGUGGUACCGGUGGAGUAGGUGCACACAAGAGCGUUGUGUCGGAUCUAAGAUGGUACAAGGGGAGCGACGCUGCCUCACUCCUACCAACCACUUCAGGACUUGAUCAGAAUGGGGAUAUGAUGGAUAUAACACCCACGCCAGCGAAGGACCAACCAGACCAACCUCCACAGCCCAAAAAAUCCGGAACUUUCUUCGUUUCUAGUGGAUUUGACAAGAAUGUCAACAUCUUUAGUGCGGAUGACUGGUCACUUGUGAAAUCGCUGCAAGGCCACUCCGGAAAUGUUCUCAGCACUGAUAUAAGCACCGAUGCAAAGUGGAUAGCAAGUUGCGGGCACGAUCGAACUGUGAAGCUAUGGGGUAUUGAAUAA